AAAUUCUCAAUCCAUAAUUAAGAGAUAAAAGGUAAAUAAGCAGCUUAUAUUACAUUGCACCUAUGGAAACAGAGCCUUGCUCCAGAGAAACAGCUCCAGCUCCGUGCAUUGUUGGAAUUUUAUGAGUGAGUCAGACAGGUUUCAGUGCAGUGUCAGGCUUUUUCAAACAAUACUUACUUUUAAUAUGAAAUCUGUUUGAAUUUUGUUUUUGGGGCACAACAACGGCUACUUCUGCCUGCACCAUGUUCUAUGAAAUCUUUUCUUUUUUAAAAGAAACAGAUUGCCUUUAGUUUUUUGUUCCAUAAAAUAUUGGUCUUGCCUGGUAAAAACACACAGCAUCUCUCUUCUCUUUCAUUGGUUUAAUCAAAUUUCAAACCUCCCUUUUUAUUAUACAAAAUUUCAAACCUUCCUCCUUUUAUAACACUUCCCUGAAGAUUGAGCUUGAAAAUGAGGGUGUUGUUGAGUUGCCUUUUCUCUUUCAUUUUUGCUUCAACCCUUUGGAGCAUUGGCUCUUCUGCUCUCACUCUGGAUGGUUUAACAUUGUUGGAGAUCAAAAGCACAUUGAAUGACAGUAAAAAUUUUCUUGGAAACUGGCAAGCAACUGAUGAAAAUCCUUGUAAUUGGACUGGCAUUUCUUGUUAUCCUAAUGACCAUAGAGUCCGUUCAAUCAAUCUACCAUACAUGCAACUAGGAGGCAUAAUAUCUCCCAGCAUUGGCAAACUCAAGGGAUUACAAAGACUGGCAUUGCACCAGAACAAUCUACAUGGACAAAUUCCUAAUGAACUUACCAAUUGUACUGAACUGAGAGCCCUUUACUUAAGAAAUAAUUACCUGCAAGGAGGCAUACCGUCAAAUUUUGGAAACCUUACCUUUCUCACCAUACUGGAUUUAUCGAGCAAUUUGCUAAAGGGUGCUAUACCUUCAUCCAUAGGUCAUCUUACAAGAUUGCAUUACCUCAAUUUGUCUACCAACUUUUUCUCUGGUGAAAUCCCGGAUAUUGGAGUCCUCAGCACUUUUAGGAACAACUCGUUUAUUGGCAAUUUGGAUCUAUGUGGCCAACAGGUUAACAAGCCUUGUCAAACUUCACUGGGAUUUCCAGCAGUCUUACCUCAUGCUGAAAGUGAUGAAGUAGCAGUUCCUACGAAACGAUCAUCUCAUUACAUAAAAGGUGUGAUGAUUGGUGCAAUGUUGACAAUGGCCCUUGUGCUUGUCAUGCUCCUUGCAUUCCUCUGGAUAUAUCUACUAUCAAAGAAGGAAAGGGCUGUUAAAAGAUACACGGAAGUUAAAAAGCAAGUCAACCACGAUACGAGUAAGUUGGUUUAUUUAUCAAAAUUUGGCUUUCGUAUAAAUACAUGCUUGUUAAUUAUGUUCAUUUUUGUAGGUACUAAACUUAUAACUUUUCAUGGGGAUCUACCGUAUCCUUCAUGUGAGAUUAUAGAAAAGCUGGAGUCCCUUGAUGAAGAAGAUGUCGUGGGGUCUGGGGGAUUUGGUACGGUAUAUCGAAUGGUCAUGAAUGAUUGUCAAUCAUUUGCUGUUAAAAGAAUAGAUCGAAGUCGCGAAGGAUCUGAUCAAGUGUUUGAGAGAGAGCUAGAGAUCUUGGGCAGCAUCAAACACAUUAAUUUAGUUAAUAUGCGAGGUUAUUGCAGGUUUCCGGCAUCGAAGCUUCUUAUCUAUGAUUAUCUUGCUAUGGGCAGCUUGGAUGACUUCCUACAUGAAUGCAAAGAAGAAGGCAGGCUAUUGAACUGGAGUGCUCGUUUAAAAAUAGCCCUUGGUUCCGCUAGAGGACUAGCAUACUUGCAUCAUGACUGUUGUCCGAAGAUAGUUCAUCGAGACAUAAAGUCCAGCAAUAUCCUUCUCGAUGAAAACUUGGAGCCCCAUGUAUCCGACUUUGGUCUUGCCCAGCUUUUGGUGGAUGAGGAUGCCCAUGUCACAACUGUCGUUGCCGGCACUUUUGGCUAUUUGGCUCCAGAAUAUCUGCAAAGUGGGAUAGCGACAGAAAAGACGGAUGUCUACAGCUUUGGAGUUCUCUUACUGGAGCUGGUAACCGGGAAAAGGCCAACUGAUCCAACUUUUGCAAAGAGGGGCUUGAAUGUUGUCGGCUGGACAAACACUUUAUUGAGAGAGAACCAUCUGGAAGACAUAGUUGAUAAAGGGUGUACUGAUACUAUCAUGGAAACUGUCGAAGCAAUUCUCGAAAUAGCAGCGAAGUGUACUGAUGCAAAUCCAGAUGAACGGCCAACAAUGUGCCAGGUACUUCAGUUACUGGAACAAGAGGUCAUGUCGCCUUACCCAAGUGAUUACGAGUCUCAUUCAGAUUAUUGUUGAAUGAACAUACAAAUAUUGAUUUAACGGUGGUUGUUGCACAUAAAAUCUGCUGUCAUCUCCUCGACUUUCGUAGGAUGUUCUUCGAUUUUGUCCCACUCUGGGGGGCUUUUGUAUAUUAUCUCGAAAUUGAUCUAUGUGUGCAUGGUUUUGAAUCCUUGUCACUUGUGCUGUGACAGUGACUUGAAACUGCAGUGCUGAAAACAAAUAUUGCUUGAGACAUUUUUUCACUUUUAUUACCAGAUGGAUCUUCAUUCCA